UUUCAUCAAAGCUUCUGUAAUCUCUUCUGAACCGCCACCGGAGCACCUCAUAUUGACGCCAUCGCCGCCGCUUCCAUUCCUCAAGUGAAUCACCGAUCGAUUUUAAUUUUCAAUUCAACCGACAGCGCCAGAGUCGAAUCAAAAUGAGACCGAUUCGCUUCUCGUUUCACUCACGAGCAGUAUCCAAAGUUGCGGGGAUUCAAUUCGUCUACGCCGCGCCGCCGCCGCCGGGAAUGGAACACUCUCCGUGGCGCUCGCCGGUUCCGUACCUAUUCGGAGGCCUCGCGGCGAUGCUAGGGCUAAUAGCCUUCGCGCUCCUCCUCCUCGGCUGCGCUUACUGGAAGCUCUUCGGCGGCGAGGAGAUAGACGCUGCGCGCGACGGCGCCGUCGAGGAGAAGAGUGAGAACAGCUCCGAUGCGAAGGAAUCCUCUUCUUUCGAGGAUAAGUUUCUGGUAAUUAUGGCUGGGGAUGUUAGACCUACUUUUUUAGCUAUUCCUGCUUCGCCAAACAGAGCUUCUGUAUGCGAAAAUUCAAUUCAAGCUACCAGUAGAGAGCAGGAAAAUCCGAUUCCGAAAAAUCAAAACGAGAUUCAACAACAAGCAAUAACAAUCCACGAGAGCGGCGAAUCAUCUCAGGAAAAUUGA